AUGUUUGAGAAUCUCUGCACGCUGCCCCUCCAGGCGGACGUCUUCACGACGGCGCUGCACCCGACGGAGCGACUCCUCAGCGUCGGCCUCGCGAGCGGCCAUGUCGAGACGUUCCGGCUGCCGGCGAGCUCGGCGACGAGCAGCGACGAAAGCGCCGACGGCGACACGAGCAUCCUCAGCGACGGCCGGGGCAUGGUCGACAGCGAGUGGAGGACGCGGCGGCACAAGGGCAGCUGCCGGUGCCUCGCCUACAGCCACGACGGCAGCGCCAUGUACUCGGCCGGCACCGACGCCGUCGUCAAGCACUUCGAUCCGCUGACGGGCCGGGUCGCCUCCAAGAUGGUGAUUCCCAGCACGACGACGGUGCCGGACGCGCCGACGCUGCUCAGCGCGCUCAGCCCGCAGAACCUGCUACUCGCGACCGACUCGGGCGCGCUCCACAUCAUCGACCUGCGCGACGGCGCACCAGGGAAGAGGCCGGCGCAGACGCACUUCCCGCACGCCGACUACGUCUCCUCCCUGACGCCGCUGCCGCCGUCGGACGAGAGCACGAGCGGCUUCCCGAAGCAGUGGGUCAGCACGGGCGGAACGACGCUCGCGGUGACGGACGUGCGCCGCGGCGUGCUCGUUCGCAGCGAGGAUCAGGAGGACGAGCUUCUGAGCUCGUGCUUCAUGCCCGGACUCGGCCCGAAGAAGAACAAGAACAACGGCAUCGUCGCCGUCGGCUCGGGCUCGGGCGUGCUCACCCUCUGGGACAAGGGCGCGUGGGACGACCAGCAGGAGCGCAUCAUCGUCGACGGAAACAAGAAGUCGGGCGGCGAGAGCAUCGACGCCAUCGUGCGGGUGCCUCAGGAGAUGGGCCUUGGGAAGAAGGUCGUCUGCGGCGUCGGCGACGGCAGCCUGCGCGUCGUCGACCUCAUCAAGCGGGAGGUGGUGGCGUCGGCGAACCUGCGACACGACGACGUCGAGGGCGUCGUCUCGCUCGGAUUCGACUCGGCGAAUCGGCUCAUCAGCGCCGGCGGCCGGACGGUGAAGGUGUGGGAGGAGCUGUCGGCGUUGCAAGCCGAGGAGGGGGAAGACGACACGGAUGACUCGGACCCGGACUCGGACGAACAGGGCGGGCGCGGCAAACGCGCCGUCGAGAACGACAGCGACGACGACAGCAGCGACGACGGCGUCCAGGAGAUGAAGAGACGGGCGAAGCGGCGCAAGGAGGCACGAGACAAGAAAUUGGGACCCAUGGGCGCCCAUGGCGUGCGGGGGUUUGAGGGCAUCGACUAG